AUGGAAAGUGAGAUUGAUAGAGUGUUCAACUACUUUGAUAAAGACUCAAGUGGAUAUAUUGAUUUAUCAGAACUUGGAAAUGCGCUCAGAUGCUUAGGUUUAACCCCUUCUAAUGCCCAAGUCGAAGAAUUGAUGAAAAAAGCUGAUGUGAAUGCUGACAGUAAACUUGGAAAAUGCGAGUUUACUUAUAUGUAUAAGGAAAUCAGUGUCGAUAAAAAAGUGACAAUUGAGGAUCUGAUAAAAGAAUUCAAGGUGUUUGACAAAGAUAAUAGUGGAUAUAUAAGCGUUCAAGAACUAGAUGAAAUUCUUUGCUCGCAAGGAGAACCAAUGUCGAGAGAUGAAGUUAGAGAACUUCUAAAAGAUUUUGACCAAGAUAAGAAUGGAAGGGUAUCGAUCGUAGAAUUAGCAACAGGACUUUUAUCAAAGUAA